UCAGAGUACUGUCGCACACGUUUGCAGUCAAAGCCCUUCACUCAUAUAGUGAUGGACAUGUAUCGUGAAGUAAUGAAAUCUCCGCAGUACGCCGUUCGAAAACGCUUAGCGUAUCAGCAUCUAAACCCACCAGCACCUCUUCGUAAUUCCUUAGAAAUGCCAGAACACAAUCUUCGUCAGGGUAAUUAUCCCCAUCACCAUCAGCAGUAUCCGCAGCAAUUGGAUGCUCUUCAGUCCUUUCACGCUAGCCAGGUCAAAAGUGCUGUUCAUCAGUAUCAGUAUCAAGAUCGGUCGUAUCAUGUGACCAAUCAGUACAAUGCUCUUCGACAGAACCAGCAACGCCCUUCUAAUCAAUUCCACCCGCACCAGCAGCAUCAAUGUCUUCAAGAUCCCCCUCAAUUAGCUCAGGCAUCCAAGAUGCAUCAUUAUCACCAUCAUCACCCUGCGAAAGGUGCUCUUUUCAAACUGCAAUCUCGAAAUUCGCAUUCUCAUCCGAAUUUGCCGAGUCUUUGCGGCCAGCAGCCACAAAAUCGACGUCAUGAAGCGAAUUUGGAGGAUCGUAGAACACAAUUUCCAUCGCAGUUGAACGUUCAAACCAACGGACGUACUGUUGGUCCAGCGAUACAGCAUCAACGACGUCAUCAUUCGAGGACGUACUCUCAACCGAUUUAUACGAGACUACAGCACACCAGGAGCAGCGGCAAUCUACCGUCGACUAUCGGAGAAAAUAAUUCUGGAGGAAACGUUUAUAGCGAUCCUAUUUAUGCGUUACCCGUCAAACCAUUCCUCAGCUCGCAGGAUGUUAGGGUUAAUGGAUUGUCCGUGAAACCAUCCGUCGGUCAUCAUAACGAGGAUGUUUAUGCAGUCACUGCAAUAGCGAGGCGACCGUCGGCGGCCGGUUAUUCUCAUCCGGAUAUAGCAACGUCAUCUACAGAACGUGCACGAGACGAGGUUUAUGGGCGAUCAACGAAUGUCGCGUUACAGAGGCAACACUCAAAUCCUCAGCUGCCCAGCAGGAAUCAGCAAGAGGAUGAUUUUAAGCUCCAUCUGGAGCCGAACGUUGCAACGGCUGAUCACAGGUGUCCAGCUGGCACAGGAAAAGAGGAACAAAUAGUUCAACAACAAAAUCCAAUGUCUUCCAUACAAGCGAGAAGUGUUCAAGGGCCACCAAAGCCACCCCGAAUAAUUACAACGCUGAAAAAGGCCCCGUUUUCUGAUGUUGAGAGCAGUAAAUCGGAACCACCCGCAAAACCACCUAGGAAUUUGGUGAAGAAUGGUCCAAGGGCUCGACGUGGUAAGGCAGUACAAAGAGCGCCGUCCCGCCUAUACAGAACAGUGGGUGGGCCCAUGAGGUCUUUCAACAAAGCGCAAUGCAUUGGUCCUGAAUUUGUGGUGCGGGCCAAUCAGCCACCCAAAACUCUGUGCGUUGGACAAGCGAAGCAAACUGGCAGUUGUGGACGAAUUGUUGUGAUAAUGCUGACUGGUCAACGAGUAGAGGUCACGUGCGAUCCUCAAAAAGUAACAGCUGGUGAUUUGUUCCAGGCCAUCGUACAAGCUGAAAGCCUGGAUGAAAACUUCACCCUUGGUCUGGCCGUAUUGUUAGCCGGCGAUUUCGCGAUUUUACCUCCUGACACUAAAUUGAAUAAAGUUGCGCCACCAGGAUGGCUAAGCAGUGGCAAAAGCAAAGGUCUGCUGGGUCUUCCAACUAGUUUUAUGCUGUAUCUGAGGCUCAGAUUCUUUCUACCCUCUCUUCGUGGUAUAAGAAGUUGGAUAUCGAAACACCUACUGUAUCUACAAAUACGACGAUGUAUAUUGGAGCAACAGCUGGUAUGCCCGUAUCACGAGUUAAUUAAUCUGACUGGUCUCGCUCUGCAAGCUGAAUUCGGGAAUUAUAACGUGAAUGAACACGGCUGCGGUGAUUACUUCCUUCUUGAGCACUAUAUUCCCGAGUCUCUUAUCUUAAAUAUGGAUCAACAUCAAUCGCAAAUCAAUAACGGAGGGGCGGAAGCACUUCGUGCUCGACUCCAUCAAGCUCACCGUGACAGACGUGGUUUAGAUUCGAACAAAGCCGAAGAAAUGUUCAUAACUCACGCGCAAACAUUACCAGAUUAUGGGUCUCAUUACUAUAUAGCAACCGUGGAUUCGAAGGAAUUGGAAAAAGUGAUGGCCCAACAAAGAAGAAGGAAAACUAGCGAUAAUCGCGAUACCCCCGCCGGUCCAGAAAACAUUUACUCUCAGAAUAAGCAACAAGAAUAUCCGCUGCGUGGUAGAGUCGAGAUAACACGAUUAGGUUCCUGCGAAAAUAUCCCAAAGAUUUCGUACGAGGGGAAAAACCUGGGUGGUUUGAUGAAGAGUGCCACCUCGACGGAUAUAUACUCGGCCCAGAAAUCGUCCAAGUGUCGCGUAGAUGCAUGUAACAACAAUAAUAACAUUAAUAAUGCGAACAACAAUAAUAACUUGUAUCACGGCGGAAAGACUGGUAAGAGUGGAAAGAAGAAGACGGAAAGUAAUGUAUGGCUGGCUAUACAUGCGCAGGGUUUGAAGCUCUUCGAGAGAGGCGGCGAACCGAGAGAAAGAAUUGAGCUGGCACAGUUUCAGUGGAAAGAUAUUCAAACACUGAGUUACAGCAAGAGUUGCCUCGUCGUGUAUAGCAAAGUAAAUGGAAAACGGUGUAAAUUUAAACUGAGAAUGGAUCAUCGAAAAAGUUACUUCGCUUUCAAGCUUACCUCUUUACACCACCAGUUCUUUUUAACGCUGCGUUCGGAGCUCACUUCGCUUCAGGGACUCGCGAAAGAAUUUGGAGUACCCACAACAAUGGAGGCAAAGCCAUCGCCGUCAAAGACGAAAUCCCACGACAGUAAAACAAAAAUAGCCAUAGCCAACACCGUGAAGAACGUGCAGCUGAGACCAAGUUACGCCAUGCAGUUGGAAGAGUAUCAAAACAAAGAGAAUGAAAACCCGCAAAAAGAUGUAAACGCGAUUCCAAAGACGAAGGAUAAUGUUUGUGAGUCUGGCCUGUACUCAUCGGAAGAAGACGCACUUUACGCGCAAGUGAACGUUCGAUUAGAACCAGAAGGCGAAUCUCGUGACACGGAAGAUGAAUCUGAGAGAAGCUUAACGACAUCCAACGAACCACUUUCCCUGGAUGAACAAGCAAUCAAGAGCGAUGGUAAACUUUAUAAUUGUCCACGAAUAGAAUUGGAUACGGAAACUGAAUGCGGUUACUCGCUUCCAAAAAUUAUGUCGUCGAAUGACAUGGAUCAACUGGAGAAGCCUGAUAAUCCUGAAGAACUGUAUGCGGCAAUCAACAAGGUUGGGAUUUCCAGGAAAAACAAGUUUCCUGUUCCUGAAGAGGUGUGGGAUGUGUCGGAUGUGAAGAAGUCAUUACACAAGGUGAAGACCUCUAGUUUACCAAAUUACGGAACACCCAGGCAAACAGGUGGUCAUCGCACACCCAGUUUACCACGUCGUUUAGGGGUGAAAAUGGGAACACGAGCGAUCUACAGCAGCCUCGUUCAAAAAGACACCGCUCUUACCGACGACAUGGAAUCCCUGUCGCUAAAAUCAGACACGGAAUCGUCGAUUCAAUCACUGUCUGCAAGAUCUACGGAAUCUCCACCACCCGAAGCAUAUGUGCUCAAUGCCGACAUUCGUACCGAUGACGAAACGUUCCACGUUACCGAAGAUGAAUCGAUGUCCGCUUCUUUAGCGGCACGUCUUGAGGAGUUAUCUUUUGCUGAAGAACGAAUUCUGCAAACUAUCAAUUUGGAAAGAGGGCAUGGCGGUAGUAUAGGUUUGCAAGUGACGGAAGGUAACGAUGGAGGCGUUUACGUUCAGGCGGUAUCGGUUGGAGGGUCGGCCGAUAUGGCCGGAAACGUGAAUAAAGGUGAUCGUAUCGUGGCUAUAAAUGGACAGAAUUUAUUGCACCUACGAUAUGAGGAGGCUCUGAAAAUGUUGCAAAGCUCUUCCGAUACGAUCGAGCUGGUUCUUUCGCAACCUACUUCUCGUAAAAACGCAAUUUCUAGACAGAAUCACCAACAACCUGGAGAAAAUAAUUAUUUAAAUGACAUCAGAUUCGACAUGUCUCCUGAAGCGGAUACCUCGAGCAUGACAAACAAAUGGUUGGUACAAAGGACUACCGAUGUUGCAUCAGUGCAAAACACCUCGAGCGCAUACAGCAGUGCUGCAUCGAGUGCAAUGGGUAACCACAAUGCAAACAACCUGUACAUGGGUGAUCUUGUCGAUAACGGCGCUCUUAAGUCCGCUAGUAUGUUGCUGAGUAUAGAAGACUUCGACGUUAGCAGGACCAGUCGUCAAGUUUUUAUAUAAUCGGCGAUAUGCAAAUACAAGCCGCAGCAGAAUGCAAGGAAUGUUCAGGUCUUAACCAAAGAACAGAUUUUACGAUGCCUCGAAUAAGAUGCUUGCCACAAUGCUUUUCCAUCGUCGAACAAAUUAGAUACUCACAGAUCUUACAAUGAGUGCCGCAGAAAUCAGAGAAUUACAAUAAAUGUAGGUAGCAAAAUUUUAUUCUAAUGAUUAAUUAUAGAAAGUUACAAUUAUUCCACAUCUAUUAUGCUUUUAUUAUAUUUACCUUUUUAACAUUAUGUUUUGAAGUUAAGCAUAGAGUAACGUUUCUCAUUUUUUUUAAACUCUACAGCGGAUAAAUGUUGUAGUACAUUAAUGGUCCGUACGAUACUUUACACAUUAAGAAAAGAAACAAAUACGUAAGGAUGCAUAUAGCUCUACAGUCAAAAGCAAAUUUGGCUUUAUUAUGAAGUUUACAAUCCAUGCAUUUUUAAGAAUUUUUGAGGAUCUUAUUAAUUUACAGAUGCGGAAAUCUAAGAAUUUAGAAAUUUAGGGAGUUCUGGGUUUGAUGAUCCAGAGAUUUGAUAUUUAUGUGUUUAGGAGUUCAGAAAUUUGAAAGUUUGGAUAU